AUGACCCCGGACGUAACAAUCUGCGACAGCAAGUGCAUCGUGUCCUUGAUCGAGCGCACGGCGCUCGCUGAGAACAAGUGCGGAGCUGCGAACUUUAAGAACACGUUCAGUGUGGUGAACACGAAAAGCGCUGGUGGUAACACGGGCGCAACCGAGAGCUCGUCGAGCGCUGAGGACAAGUACUUGACGCAGGGGACAGGGCGGGUGAGACUUCAGCAAUAG